AUGGCGAUUGCUCGCGAGGUAUUGUCACGCGCCGCGAUAAGUGCACGAAUUAUUGUUACUUCACCACAUUUGUCUGUUAUGAGGUUGAAUUUGGCAUCUCCAGCGAUUAUUCCUCGCGGAAAAUGUGUUGCACAAUAUCGUCGUAUAUCCAACGUCAUUGUCCUUUUCAGUUUUGAAGGUGGAGGAGGAAAAGGUGGAAAUUUUUUUAAAAAUUGUCUUUGGUUUUUCAUCUCCAAUGCUCUCUCUUCUAUUAUCACCUAUGCCAACACGCGUUCCUCAGGUGUUCGUGACGUUUUACUGUCGCGAUUCUCUACGUUGGUGCAUGGAAACCUUUACGGACUGGCAGAUGCUACGAGGUGGAUGCAAGCUGCCAUCGAUAUCCCCUGUUAUGUAUCAGCUUUAGUCAUACCAGCACAAGAUAAAUUGGUUGCAGCCGUACAGUUAUCUCAAAACACCUAA